GGCAGCCUCAGCUAUAGCUACAGGUUAUCCUUCGACAUUGGUACUCCGAGACGCGACAGCCAUGUCGAUACCGAGAAACUCCGCUAAUACUUGAGCAUCGUCGAAGAUCUCCCCCAAGCCAGUGACUCUGGCAGGCCUCCAAACCCUAUAUAAACCGACGUUGGCCCGGUCGAGAGAACGUUCUGAACGCAUGUCGUGACAUCUCGCAGCAAUUCCGUGCUUGAGACGGCGAGUGACAGAUACGACAGGCGUGUUGCUUGGAGCGACUCGCAGAACCUAGCCUGAAAACCAUUCAGCGCUGCAAGUGAAGUGUCGCCUCGAAAUGCUCACCAAAAAUUCUAUGAGCCGGGUGCAACACGGCCCCUCGUAUAUGCUCAUCGCUACCCGGCUUACACGCAUCCAACAUGCCAAGAGUCAAGCAGCGAGGUCGCGCUUGUGUCAGCGCCGCAGUGAGAUAUGGAGCAGUAUGUGGAGGAGUGCCCGCUCCGACCGACGCUGGCUUGUCAAAGUCCAGUGCCAAUUCAGAGAGCUGACACAUGAGGCCGAGCGAGACCCAAGUAACUGCCGUUCCCGCAAACGAGUGCAGCGACCGCCAUUCCAUCUCGUCUCGUGAGGAAUUCACUUGGCGUACAGCACGGUAUGGGAUCUCAAGACGCCGAAGGUUCGGGAACACCACCGGCAAGUUCUGCGAUGUGAAUAUGGGCGAGUCGGGGAC